AUGUUUAGUCGUAUUGUUAAUCUUGGCUUGCCAAGAGUGCCUCUCGGUUUCCCUCUUCACCGUAUAUUGACCAAAAAAUGUCUCUUCCCUAGACCGGCACUUGCUCUCAACCUCGCUCGCCCAUUCAGCUCACACCCCGUUCUCUAUGGCAGACCGCCACGCCAGGGAAGUGGCGGAUCAACCAGGGCAUCAUACAUUCUCCAGAGAGUCCCGGACAAAAUUAAGAUCGUGGGUGGGAUCUUUGGGAUUGCUGCAUUUGCGUCGUUUGUAGUGCUCCCGUUCCUCUCCUUGAUGAUCAUCGUACUUCCUCCUGUGCUUGCGAUUUCUGCUAUGGGGCUUCGUCGCAAGCUCCAGAAGAGAGCUGCCGCUAACACUAUCCGCUGGAAGAUGAUUGACAAGUCGGACAUGCAAUAUGACCGGCCAGCUAACUUUGUGGAGGAUAUUGUGGCGGACUUUGAUAACGUGGCGAGAUUCACCACUAAAAGACUUCUCAGGAGCUUGGAGCUUAACGAGAAAAAAAUUGUUGAUAAGUUGAACUUGAGGCUUGAUACUACCACCAAUAUGCCUAAAUUGUCGUUGGGCGAAAUCGCCGCCGUGGAUGCUAUUGUGCGGGUACAGGAGACCUCGGAGCCGUCUCCCAUUGGCGAAUACAUGUACAUGGUGACGGUUCCCCUCAGCAUCAAGGACCACGGAAAGACCGAGUCGAACCACCUUGGGACUGUGGUGUUGUGCUUUGCGAACAGUGCAUUGUCAGGCGCUAAACCCAAAAUGGUCAUCGAAGUCACCCCCCAGACUUUACUCUUGGAGUCUAAGGAGAAAAUCUACAUCACGUCGUCCAUGGACGACGUGGAUGAUGGUGAAACUAUUACAAUUAAUUUGUAA